UGACUCCCGUCUGCAGGUGGAAAUUAUAAUUAUUUGACCUCACUCAAAAUGUGCAAAGAAGAAUAAUGGAAGCCCCCGAAUACCUUGAUUUGGAUGAAAUCGACUUCAGUGAUGACAUAUCUUAUUCAGUCACAUCACUCAAGACGAUCCCAGAACUGUGCCGAAGAUGUGACUCCCAAAAUGAAGACAGAUCAGUUUCUAGCUCUAGCUGGAAUUGUGGCAUCUCAACUCUUAUUACAAAUACACAGAAGCCUACAGGCAUUGCUGAUGUAUACAGUAAGUUCCGCCCAGUAAAGCGAGUUUCCCCCCUGAAACAUCAGCCGGAGACUCUGGAGAACAAUGAAAGUGAUGAGCAAAAGGACCGUAAGGUGGAGGACCAGAAAGGUGAUGACUCUGACCAGGGCUCCCAGACGGAAGAGCUUGGCCCUGAAGAUGGAGGGGGGCUCUCGCCCGGGAAGGGCUCUGAGCCUAGCUGUACGCUGGGUGAACUGGAGCACUACGACCUGGACAUGGAUGAGAUUCUGGAUGUGCCUUACAUUAAAUCCAGCCAGCAGCUUGCCUCUUUUUCCAGGGUGACUUCAGAAAAAAGAAUUUUGGGUUUAUGCACCACCAUCAAUGGCCUUUCUGGCAAAGCCUGCUCUACAGGAAGCACUGAGAACUCACCAUCCAACCUGACACCAUUUUGUGUUCUUCCUCCUGUGAAAAGUCCUCACUUGAGAAAAGCAUCCGCUGUCCUCCGUGACCCACACAAGCUGCCCGCUGAAGAACCUGAGAGUUCACCUCCUCCUGUUAAAUGUGGCUCUGCAUAUGAGCCUGAAAGUCAGAACAGAGACUUCUUAAACAGGGCCUUUAGUGAUCCACAUAAUCGAAAAAUCGAGAAGACAGUGCCGGACUGCCAGCUCAGGGCCGUCCACGUGCACUCCUCAGCACCAGAACCCAACCUGGAGGAACAGGUCAAUGGCACGAACUGGACCAGCUCCCAAGGCCCAGAAGAAAGGAGCGAGUAUUUGAAAAGAGCAAAAAGCAUCUUGAACAUCGUUAAAGAAGGACAGAUAUCUCUCCUGCCACACCUAGCUGCGGACAAUCUGGACAAAAUUCAUGAUGAAAAUGGAAACAAUCUGCUGCACAUCGCUGCAGCCCGAGGACACGCGGAGUGCCUGCAGCACCUCACCUCACUGAUGGGGGAGGAUUGUCUCAGUGAGCGCAACACCGAGAAGCUGACCCCGGCAGGCCUGGCCAUCAAGAAUGGCCAGUUGGAGUGUGUGCGAUGGAUGGUGAGUGAAACUGAAGCCAUUGCAGAAUUGAGUUGUUCUAAGGAUUUCCCGAGCCUUAUUCAUUACGCAGGCUGCUAUGGCCAGGAAAAGAUCCUUCUGUGGCUUCUUCAGUUCAUGCAAGAGCAAGGCAUCUCCCUGGAUGAAGUGGACCAGGACGGCAAUAGCGCAGUCCAUGUGGCCUCGCAGCAUGGCUACCUUGGGUGCAUUCAGACCUUGGUUGAGUAUGGAGCAAAUGUCACCAUGCAGAACCACGUAGGGGACAAGCCCUCCCAGAGCGCGGAGCGGCACGGGCACACCCUGUGCUCUCGGUACCUGGUGGUGGUGGAGACCUGCAUGUCGCUGGCCUCACAGGUGGUGAAGCUAACCAAGCAACUGAAGGAACAGACUUUGGAGCGUGUGACAUUACAGAACCAACUCCAGCAACUCCUAGAAGCUCAGAAAUCCGAGGGCCAGUCACUCCCUUCUUCACCCAGUUCGCCUUCUUCACCAGCUUCCAGAAAGUCCCAGUGGAGAGUUCCAGACGUAGGUGAUGAGUCUACAGCCAAAGGCAAACCAGGAACCCAAGAAGGGAUUCAAGUUCUUGGAAGCCUGUCAGUCUCCAACCGGGUCAGAGCCAAAGCAAAAGAUGAAGAUUCCGAUAAAAUUCUACGACAGUUAUUGGGGAAAGAAAUCUCAGAGAAUGUGUGCACCCAGGAAAAGCUGACGUUAGAAUUCCAGGACGCUCACACAUGUUCUGGAAAUGCAAGAAAGAUCCCUCUGGAGAAGAGGGAACUGAAGUUAGCCAGACUGAGGCAGCUGAUGCAGAGGCCACUGAGCGAGUCGGACACAGAUUCCAACAACUCUGAAGACCCCAAGAGCACCCCUGUGAGAAGGGCUGACAGGCCCCGGCCACAGCCCAUCGUGGAGAGGGUGGAGAGCGUGGACAGCACGGAAAGCUUACACCUGAUAAUAAAGAAGCACUCCUUGGCGUCAGGACGUAGGUUUCCUUUUAGUACCAAGGCCUCCAAAUCCCUGGAUGGCCAUAGCCCGUCUCCCACCUCAGAGAGCAGUGAACCAGACUUGGAGUCUCAGUACCCAGGUUCAGGGACUGUUCCUCCGAGCCAGCCCUCCGGAGACCCCGCUCAGUGCAGCCCUGACAGCACUGCCACCCCGAAGGUUGCCACGAGUCCCAAGAGUGCUCUCAAGUCUCCAUCUUCUAAGCGCCGGACAUCUCAGAACUCGAAGCUCAGAGUUACCUUUGAGGAGCCUGUGGUGCAGAUGGAGCAAACUGGCCUUGAACUAAAUGGAGAAAAAGACAAAGAUAAAGGCAGGACGCUGCCGCGGAACUCCGCAAGCAGCGAACCAGGGGAACAAAUGAAAAGGCCUUUUGGAACCUUCCGGUCCAUCAUGGAGACCCUGAGUGGCAACCAGAACAGUAAUAAUAAUUACCAGGCAGCCGGCCAGCUGAAGACGUCUACGUUGCCCUUAACCUCACUUGGGAGGAAGACAACAGACACGAAGGGAAACCCUUCGGGCUCUGCUGGCAAAGGAAAGAAUAAAGCAGAGAUGUACAGCAGCUGCACCAGUCUGUCCUCUAACACGCUGGUUGAAGAACAUCUGCAUAGCCAUGCACGGCAUAAUGACAUCAAUAGAAAAAUGAAGAAAUCCUACAGCACAAAGCAUAUUGCUGAGCCAGAGUCAAAAGAACUGUUUUUGUAAAUCACUUUUUAAUAUCUCUCGCUGAUGCUCUUUGGACACCGUUGGAAAUUACUGGACUAUCUUCUGUGGAAACAGAAUGAUGAGAAUAAUCCUUCACCAGCAGAAGAACAGAAUAUCAGAAUGCCUUAAAUUUAUAGGGUUAGACUAGAAGAUACAUUUUGGGGUGAUAUUUGUAUGUUAAUUUGUUUUUUUUAAGGUGCUGUUUAAAAGCAUGAUUGAGGAAAUGUAUAUUUUUAAACAUUGGAUUGAUCCAAUCUACUCCCAGUACCUCCACCAAGCCACUGAUACCUUUUUGUAUUUCACGGAUUGCAUGAGUAUUUGCUAAUGUUGGUUGAACUUCCCUUUCCCUAUAACAUGGACAGCUUUGGCUCAGCUCCUCAGUGGGACCAGGUCAGUGGUAUUGUUUUCUGUCGAGUAUUUUUUUCUGUCAUUUCUACUUUUUGUAUAGAGGAAAUAAAACAAGGUUAACAGCCACCUAUAAGCUCGGGGCACCUACUUUCUAAUAAAUCUGUGAUAUUCUGACUUCAAAGGGACUUGGAAGGUAUUUUGACGGCCAAUAUUUGAUUUCAAGAACCAACUGCCCCAUUUAGUUUUCUGCUCAUGGGAGUCAAGUAAAGCAUUCUAGAUUUCAUUUAAGUACUAAAGAUCAGACAAGUGUAUGAAGUAAGCCAAUAUAUUUUGCU